GGAUUAGUUGUGGACUAUGAAUGGCAGAUUUGUAAAACCAAAAAUUAAAGAAGGGUAAAAGAGAGAAAACAGCAUAACGAAAGUACUAAAUGGUCCGAACAGUGCACUUGUAUUCCUUGUCCGAAGGCUACUGUGGAUAUUUUCCUCAAACAGAUCUGUGUAUCUUCUUCUUAUACCACUACGCUUAUGAUGAGGAGAUCUGAGUUAUAGAAGAAUCAUACCAAAGACUGAGAGAAAAAAGCUCAUGAAAAGAAUCCGAAGGAAAUUUCAUUUUUACCAUCUUCGCAGCCAUUGUUGUCCGACAGACAGUGAGCUUGAACAGUUGACACCUGUAAUCCAAAUUCCUAUCACUGCAACUUAGUCAGGCUUUUUUGGCUUAUCGUUAGCUCUGCUACUGUUUCGCUUCAGAGAGAGAGAGUAGUGACUGCUUAAUUAGGGCUUAGCUGGCUUCACCUGUCCACUGUCUCUCGCCGACGACUAUCUUACCGGAAAAGCAUGAGAGUAGUGUUUCAAUGGAGGAGGACGACGACAUUGAGACACAGCAACAAACAAGCAGAAAGCUACAGAGACUCUCCUCGGACAAAACUGAAAUGAGGGAUUGGAGCAAUCCAUCGUCUAGGAUCAUUAGGGUUUCACGAGCCUCCGGUGGCAAAGACCGACACAGCAAAGUCCUAACAUCAAAAGGGUUGAGAGAUCGGAGGAUACGUCUCUCCGUCGCUACAGCGAUCCAGUUCUACGACCUCCAGGACCGUCUCGGAUUCGAUCAGCCGAGCAAAGCCGUCGAAUGGCUUAUCAACGCGGCUUCUGAUUCAAUCUCCAAUUUGAAUCCGAUCGACACAAACUUCGACCAGACACUUUCGCUGUCUAAGUCCAGCACGUCUGAGAGCUCGUUGUUGUCUUUGUCGAGGACAGAGAGUCGUGGGAAAGCUAGAGACAAAGACAAAGACUUGCAAAGCUCCUUCACUCAGCUUCUCACACGCGGUUUUGACGAACCGAACCGGAGUUGGACCGGUGGUGGUUCUACUGAUUGUUUCAACCCGGUUCAGCUCAUGCCAAACUCAAACUCCUUGAAUCAUCGUCAAGAACCGUCGUUGAAUCAUCAUUGUCAAAACCAAUACUCUUUUUUACCGAACUACAACUUUGGAAUCUCUUCUUCUGAUUCUCCCGGGGAAGCCGGUUGUUACAGUAGUAGGGGGACCCUUCAGUCCAAUUCACAACCUCUCUUUCUCAACAACAACAAAAACAUUAACCAAAGAUCGAUAUCUUCGUCUUCUUCUUCAUCUUCUCCAAUGGACAGUCAGAGCAUUUCAUUUUUCAUGGCUCCGCCUCUCCACCACCAUAGUCCUCAGCUUCCAGAGGCUUUUGAUGGCCGGUUAUAUCUCUAUUACGGUGAAGGAAACCGGAGCUCCGACGAUAAAGGAAAGGAGAGAAGAUAGUACAGCAAAAAUGUUUCAUUAAUUCCGUCUUGGAGAGUAAUUGAAGGAAGAUUAUGUUUUGAUCCUCCGUCGCAAUCAUAAGCCUGAGUACAUAUCUGUUCAGACCGAGAGGAAUUGUUGUUUGAUGAGAAAAUGUGUAAUGUAACAAUAUGCUUUUUUUAUCAACUAACUAGGUGUCUUCUUCCUCCAUGUGCAGUAAAAAAAUUUAAAAUAUAUUUAACAGAUAAAUAGAAAUUAUAUUUUAAAAUAAAAUUUUAUUAAUAUUGUAAAUUU